AUGUUCGUGUAUUUAGUGGUAACAGUUAUAUUUCUGUGUGUUGCACACAUUUUGCUCAACUACAAUAGAAAGGCUCGACUGAUCAGAAAAAUACCCGGCCCUAGAGAUGACUUUAUUAUUGGCAAUGGAUUCACCGUUAUACGUUCUCCAGUUGAGAUCAUGCAAAUGAGAAGAGAACUAUGCACAGAAUUUGAUGGAAUCUUUAGAAUAUGGAUUUGUCCAAUGGGAGCGGUUUGCAUAUACAAUCCUGAGGAUGUUGAGAUACUCAUGUCGGGCAUGAAGUAUGGUGAAAAAAGUUUUGUCUACAAUUUCUUGAAGAAUUGGCUACGAGAUGGUUUACUCGUCAGUAACGGUGCCAAAUGGCAGACACGUAGGAAGAUCCUAACUCCAGCUUUCCACUUCAAUAUACUGAAGCAAUUCUGUGAGAUCAUUGAUGAGAACAGCGAGAGGUUCCUGGAGGUGCUGCAUCAGACUGCAGGGAAGCCCAUCGAUGUGGUGCCCGUACUCUCAGAGUUUACCCUCAACUCCAUCUGUGAAACUGCAAUGGGCACUCAAUUAUGCGAUGAUAACAGCGCUGCCAGAUCGUACAAAAAAGCUAUUUACGACAUCGGAUGUUUAGUUUUUGAUAGAUUUGUUAGAGUAUAUCUGUAUCCAGACUUUAUUUUCCAUUUGACGUCAAUGGGAAGGAAAGAAAGUAAAUAUUUGAAAGUUGUGCACAGUUUUACUGAGAAUGUAAUAGAACAAAGGAGAGAAUACAUCGAGAAAAAUGGCAUCAAAAUUAAUGAACAAAUUGAGGCUGAUGAUGAUGACUCGUAUGUUUACAAGAAAAAGAAGAAAACUGCAAUGUUAGACUUACUUCUGUCCGCUCAGAAAGAAGGACAUAUUGAUAAGAUCGGCGUGCAAGAAGAAGUUGAUACGUUUAUGUUUGAGGGUCACGACACCACUGCCAGCGGUCUAACAUAUUGCUUUAUGUUGCUCGCUAAUAAUAGGAAAAUUCAGGAUAAAAUUAUUCAAGAGCUAGAUGACAUAUUUGGUGAUGAGGACAGGCCCAUUAAGAUGGAAGAUUUAGCGAAGAUGAAGUAUUUAGAUUGUUGUAUCAAAGAGUCCUUGCGGCUUUACCCACCUGUGCAUUUUAUUAGUCGUAAUAUAAACGAGGAGACAGUUCUAAGUAAUUACACGAUACCGGCAGGAACAUUAUGCCACAUCUUGAUCUCGGACUUACACUUGAGACCAGAUUUGUUUAAGAACCCGACAGUGUUCGACCCUGACAGGUUCCUGCCAGAGAAUAGUGUUGGCAGACAUCCGUACUCGUAUAUUCCCUUCAGCGCUGGACCUAGAAAUUGUAUAGGUCAAAAGUUCGCCAUGAUAGAGAUGAAGAUAGCGGUUGCUAGGGUGCUGAGGAAGUUCCACCUGUCCCCCGUCACGCGUCCCUGUGACAUCACAUUCACUGCUGACUUGGUACUCAGGAAUAAUGGUCCCGUACUCGUCAAUUUUAUCAAACGAGAAUCAUAA